CACAACGACAAAAAUCAGCCAAGACGCACUAAUGUGGACUUACUUUCUUGACAAACCCCUGAAAAAAAGCACUUUUAAUUUAUGCGUGCCAAAUUAAUGAACCGUCCGACGCAACACUGAUAUGGAGAGUGUUUCUAAGAUUCUGUGGGACCUGUUCGUUUUUUCCUCUGUGACAACAGGUUGGUUUUUCUCCAAGAUCAACAAAUUCAACAGAAGUUUACUUUUUGCCUGGAUGGUUUGCAUAUGCGAUUUUGUUUACAACAUGGAUGUUCUGGCGUGGAGUAGCAAACAUACUCGGCGCCUUUCGAACGUUCUCAGAAACGUAUCACUGUUGACUGUUCUGCAUUUUUGCACGGUUGUGCCGCUGAUCUUGGUAAGCUGUAUUCCGUAUCAUGCACUGGUGGUUCUGGAACUCGAUAUUUCUGGUCAGGUGUAUCUUCUUCUGUGCGCGCUUCGAGUUGGGCGACUCCUGAUCCGCGUCAGAGUUUAUUUACCUUCAUUGAUCAGCUUUUUAUGCAAGAAACUACGAGAAGCCCGCGAGAGAAAGCCUAAGAAAACUUUAGGACAUAGAGGCUGCAAGGAAACCGAUGGAGAAACUAGCCAUAGUAAUUUAAUUAACUUACGAAAGUUACGUAACAAUCAAUACAGAACAUUUGUCCAUCAGCGUCACAAGAGGAUUUUCUGAUCGCUCGAAACAUUUCUCGUCCAAUUCAAUUCAUUACUGACUUAAAACAAUGUUUGGUUGGCUUGAAAGUUAUGACGUUCAACUGCAAUGAAGUGAAAUGGGAGACUAUACAAUUUUAUAAGGUGUUGCGAUGUCUUUGAUCAAGGUGUUGCGAUGUCUUUGAUUCAAAACUGUUCAACGACAAAAUUACUAACGUCUUACGAGAAGGAGUUAUGUCGUCGCAAACUUCUUUGCUUCUCAAAAUCCUUGCUCUAAGCUUCGAAUGCGAAGAAUGGACACACAGAAGAAAUGUAAGAUUAUGUAACUUAGGGUCUUCAUCCACUAGAAGGUUGUUUGAAAAGACAACCGACCACCCUUAGACGGAGUGCUAGCGUAGGUGACGUGCGUUUUCACUAUUUGAUAGUCAAAAUCUUUGUUUCUUCGAUUUUCAUUUCGACAGAGGGGUGCUAGCUAGAAAGGGUUGUGUUAUCAAUCAUUUAUCUAGUUGGUCAUUUUUUCUCUUUUUUUUAAUGUGAAGUUUUAGCGCUCCUCCUUUCUCGUGUAACCCGAUCGCAGUUGCACGCGCCCGUAACGCGUUUGUCUCGGAAAAAUGCUCAAAAUAGCUCCACGCAUGUUCUCUGGGUCACGUCUACGGUCGAAAGCUACUAGAUGGCAAGAAAGGGGAGUUUGAAAACACUUAGAGGCAAAUAUUUAUUCCUCACGAUCAUAGACCCUUUGAAAACCAAGAAGGAUUCAACCCCGUCGUUCGCCUAGGGACGAUGCUUACAAAUGUUCGCAUUCUGCCUUGCAAACUGACACGGUGAAGACUUGUGAUAACUCGUGUUAGCGCAACAGGUUGUUCUUAACACAAGUCGCUCGAUUAACUUCAGUCAUAAAAUACCACAAUACUGUGUUAAUUAUGAUACUAAGUAUUGUAAGUUGCUUAUAACUUAAUAUUUCUUCGUUAUGUUAAUAACAAUGUUAAACUUGUACGGGGAAGAGUAAAAUAAGUAUUGCCAUUGCUAUUGGCAAAGUCCGAGGACUCUUAUGUAAUAACCUGUUAAUAGGACAAACUUGGAUGACCGGAGGUCAUUAGAAAGAUGACUCGUUCGAAAGUACGAAGGUUACAGUUUCUUCCUCACGUUUCCUUUGAUAAGAAUCAAGUGGAACCAGUUUUAACAAUCUCUUAAUGUUAUAUAUGUAGUAACACAACGAGACAACUCAAGCCCGCUACUUUGAAUUGUCUGUUUUUUUUAGAAAUGAUUCCGGUGGUAAAUAAAGCUGUCAACUUCUGGAAGGUUGAACAUGGUCAAAUGAAAAUAAAAUUUCAAGGUGAUUGUCAAAUUGAAAGUGAAUUAUGUAUUUCUUGUAAGGAUUUGUACGCGUUUACCUAUGUGGACAAAUCUACGGUAACUCAAUAUAUAUACGUGCUCUUUCAGCGCCUUAAAGCGAUUCCUCCUUCAUACGCUGUUUGUGCGUUCCCUCACGAGAGGAGCUGUCUUUAUUACGUAAGCGGGUCAGAAGUAACAGAUAUCGAUAUAAUAUUCUGUGCUGUCAUAAAAUUUACUUGUGAGAGUAGUUAUGGUAGACUUUUAUUGUUUCUCGAUGCCUUCACAUCUAAUGGACGAGAUCGAGAUUUGAGAA